AUGUCGGCUGCUGAUGAACGUGCAUUUAAAAAAAUGAAAACAGAAGAAAAAAAAGAAGAACAAAAUGAAGAAAACCAACAGAAAGAAGAUGAAGAAGAUAAAAAUCAAGAUCGAUUAUUUCAAUUCUUAAAAGAUUUGCACCAGCAUCGCAACGAUGCUCGCAAAUUAGGUGAAAUUCAAUCAUUAACAAUGUAUAAAAAGAAAAAUGCUGAAGCUGCACUUAAUGAAUUACUUAUGAAGAAAAAUCCAAAAAAAGAAGAUGAAGAAUUUUUACUAGGCGAAGUUGAUAAAUAUGAUCGGCGAUUAGAACUUGUUAAACAUGCUAUUGAAAAAGCAUCAGCACCAUAA